AACAUCUCCAUGAUCUUGCAAGGCGUUGUUGAGGCUGGCUUCUGUGACAAUGCUAUUAAAUAUUCUGCUGAACAAAUGGCCAACACUGUCAUUGUGGGUCUGCAGGGAAGUUUAACCAAUGAAGUCUGCAAUGGCACUAAAGGUGUCCACAUCUUGCAUGAACAGGGGACUGUGUCCAUUGAACAGCAGAAGGUAUGGGAGAUAAUAAGACUAAUGAAGUUUCAAAACAUUAAAUUUGUUGUUAAAAAAAAAAGGUUAAGAUACAAAUUUAGGUUUCAAUUUUUAAUAAUCACGAAACGUGACUAAAUGACAAAUGAUUUUAAUCUGUUUUAAAAACUUUGAUUACACUUGUUAUGACUGCAAGUUUGAUAUAUCCUCAUGAAUUAUGAUACUGUUCUAUUCUUCUUGUCAAAAUGCUUUGUUUCAGAAUCAAAUAUUGGUUUACAUGCCACUCACUUUGAUUAGCUUAAAUGGCAGCAAGGUUGACUGUGAGAAAUGUGCUGAACAGGUGUUCCUUCAUUUAGGCUCUGCUCUGCCGCAGCCCAGCAACUCCAUGGCCAAAAACAUCUCUGAUCAUUGCAGAUCUGAAGUUAGCAACCCAGGGG